UUCUCUCUCUCUUUCCCGUCCUUCAUCCCCAACAUUUCCAAAACUCCCAUUUCAUUCAAAACCAAGUGGAUUCCUCCAUAGCCAACAUCUUGAUCGGGCGCCAUUGUGAAGCCUAGUUGGAAUUGCAAGAAGGCUGAUCACGGAAGUAGCAGCAAUCGAAUCCCACCAUCGUCCCCCAUAGUCGAGGGGUUGGAUGUUAGAUGUGUGCAGCCCCUGUUUGAACGGAAGAGGUUCCCCUCGUCAAAUCCACCAUCCUUUCCAGCCCUCGUGCUCCAACAGUGGCGAAGGACCUUUGGGCUUGUCCUUCCCGUCUGAGCUCACUGCAGCCCCCUAGCGAACAUCCUUUCGGCGUGGUAAUAAACAUAACGCAUCUGAGUACGACUUGAUUCCUUCUUACAAACUGAUCUCUACUCUCAAGCAGCAAUCCAAUCAACUGAUACCUGCUACUGUAAACCCGUGCCCUGCUCUGUGUUGUAUUCCUAUAUAAUGCCUGUACCGAGCUCAACUAAACCCACCACAAUUUCACUACGGAAGCAAAGCGCCUCCACGGUGAAGCUUCGCAAUCGAAGGCGAGCCAUCAAGAGAUUAGUAAUCACGGCUCCGAAGACGCGCUCUUACCGGGUUCGAAACCAGUGGAAAAAAUACAAGACCAAUGGAUGUGCCAACUACGACAUCCUUUGGACGAUUUUUGGUCAGGCCGUCGCAACAGGGGAGCAGCAACUGGAGGAGGAAUUGAGGGCCCGAGGUCCCGUGUUGGGUAGUGGCGUUGGAUUAGACUCCACCAUUGAUUUGGAUGACAUUUCCAUGACUCCAUCGACGCAAGGAGGGGUUUCACAGCGAAUGCCUCCUCGUAGGCGACGUCGGGAUGCAGCCGGACCAUCAUUCUCACCAGAGCUUAGUGUUGCUAUACAGACACUUGCCGCCACUUCUAAACAACGGGCAGAUUUGGAUGCAAAGAUGUUUGAACUUUGCAGCUCCAAGCGCAGUAGAGGCGAGGGUUAGAAUAUUGGGUCGGAUGCAGGCUUUAGCAGUGUAGCACAAUGUAUGAAAUUUUUGGAGGAUAUCACCCCUCCCCUACCGCCGGACGUCCAUCUUCGUGCAGUAAAAGCGUUUAUGGAUCCUAAUGUCCUAACUGUUUUCCAGAACAUGACCCCA